AUGUUCCGCUUCCACAAAACCCUCGACGUAAUAACCCUUUUCCACAAACCCUCCCUUCCAGCAUCCACCCGCGUCCUCGCCCUCCUCAAACAAGCCAAUACCGAUGCCGCCACCGCUUCAAUCCGUGACGAAGCCUCCGGCGCUCCCGCAAGCCGCCGGUCCGAGUUCGAGUUGAAUGUGACCGAGGAGCCGCCUACGCCUGACCAACUGAAAAGUAUUUUGGACUACGUGGGUGCUGGUGUGGGCGGGGACGUGGCGAAAGCGAGAGGCGGGGCGGCGAUGGCGAUGCCUGGUGACCUUGUGCAGGGGGCGCAGGAUAGAUUGGAUGCCAUGAGGAGGUUGAAGGAGGAUGGGAGCAGGUUCACUAGGCCUGUGGUCGUCGAUUGGGAUAACGGCACUGCUGUGAUUGGAGAUAAUGAAUCCGAGAUUCUAAAACUUGUCCGCGAAAUUCCGCCCGAUACAUCGCCGCAAUGA